UAAAGGCUUACCCCCAGCUUUGGGCCUAAUUAGUUCACUUAGGGCCCUUAUAAGACAUUGGUAGGGGACUGGAGGGGACAGACACUCACUGAGAAGUCAGCAGAUCAACAGGAUAGUAGUAGCAGACCUGGAUGCCUAAAGUUGACCUGCUGCUACACCAAAACAAACCAAACUGAAGAUUAUCUGCUUUUCUGAGAAUGCCACACUUAACUGACUGCAGUUACUACACGAUGCGGGACGCAACCAGAGCUUCAAAUGUACAAAGCCACCUGGAGAACUCCAAGUUCCACCUCCACCAGAGCCAGAAUCAGCAGGUCAAGCAGUACCUGACGCUGGGCUCCAAGCUGGCCUCAUCGGCUGGGCAGGGCCACGCGGUGCCGCAUCCACACGCCCCUGGCCAGCCACUGGCCACCGUGCCGAUCAUGAGGAAUGGACACAUGCCCUCUGUCAGCGACAGCAGCAACCCCAACAGCCCUGUCACCCUGCUCACUAUGGCCAAUCACGACAGCGAGUUUCCAAUGGAUGAAGUUAUUGAUGACCUAAUUAGUCUUGAAUCCGGUUUCAAUGAUGGAGGCUUGGAUUGCAUGGAGCCUAACAUCAUAAUGCAAAACAAUGUGUCCCUCAGUAGCAGCAUGCUGGACGUCUAUGGGGGUGAACAAGGUAUGAACGCCCCUAAUGGUGGAAUGAGUCCCACAUCUAACCCCACAAAGCUCACUGUAAAAAGGGAAUACACAGAACACGACACAAGGGUGAUGGCUAAAGAGAGACAGAAGAAAGACAACCAUAAUUUGAUUGAAAGAAGGCGAAGAUACAACAUCAACUACAGGAUUAAGGAGCUGGGGACCCUCAUACCAAAGUCGAAUGACCCAGACAUGCGCUGGAACAAAGGCACCAUCCUGAAGGCCUCGGUGGAGUACAUAAGGUGGCUGCAGAAGGAGCAGCAGCACGCUCGGGAGCUGGAGAGCCGACAGAAGAAGCUGGAGCAAGCGAACAGGAGGCUGCUGCUGAGGAUCCAGGAGCUUGAGAUCCAGGCACGAGCACAUGGCCUCCCAAACAUGGCUACAGCCUUGGGGACAGUUGAACUAUCCACCCACCUCCUCAAACAACAACAGCAGCAACAGCAGCAACAGCAGCAGCAGCAGCAGCAGCAGCAGCAGCAGCAGCAGCAGCAACAGCAACAGCAGUCGUCUCCCCAGGCCCAGCAGCCCCAGCAGCCCCCCCUGUACCAGGAAGACCCCAGCAGCGACUACCUCCAGAGGCUAGCUGUGGUGGCUGGGGUGCCUUCCAUCCCCACUGCCAGUGGGCCACAGGAUCACAUCACGGGCACUGAUGGCUGCACCACAUUCUCUGACCCGCUGUCCCACUUCACAGACUUCUUCAGCGCUACGCUCAAGGAGGAGCACCGGCUGGACGAGAUCCUGAUGGACGACCCGCUCUCGCCGUUUGGCACCGACCCUCUCCUGUCAGCCGGCUCGCCUGGAGCUGCAUCCAAGGACAGCAGCCGCAGGAGCAGCUUUAGCUCUGCCGGGGGUGACGACCUAUAAUGGGGCCCCUCUUCAGAACAUAUUCUUGUUAUCUCCUCAUGACAACACGGUUGUAAUCCCCAGUGUUAAAGGGCACACACAGAGCCUCUAAAAGACUGAGUGACGGCUCCAGGCAUACGAUGAUGACCACUCACAGGGUUGCAAGUAAUUUAAAUGACAGCUGACACACCUGACAGAGCCCCACAAAGUGCCACCCUGUAUAUAAAAUGUGUAGUCCUUGUUCCUUCUCUAAAGCUCAGCGGAACCAAAAACAUCCCAAGGAUCUUCUGCUGCACCACCUGCUCUUUUUUUAAUUUUUUAACUUUACUACAGACAAUGAAUAUGUUUCUCUGCCUCCCAGACAGAGCAGAAACAGACUCAGAAGAAAAAGGGAGACACUUAUCAGCCUUUAUGUACAUAAUGUAAAUGACCAAGUCUGCUGUUUGUUUGUUUGUUUUUUGGUAAACACUGUGGAAGCUGUACACUGUAACAUGCAAAAUAAUCACUGAAAACCUGCCACAACUGUCUGUUUUUAAUGAAAAUACCACUCCUCUACAAAAGGAUUUUCAACAGUUGCCGUCAGGAUUGUGAUUAUGUGAUGUGCCUUAUUUGAACUCCCAGUUUGUCUUAAAAGAAAAUCAUGUAACUGAUGUACUCACUGCCAUGUCUAACAUGUCCUGUGUCACUGUCUGUGUCUUUUUAGGUGUUUUUGUUAAAUAAGUGUUUGUGUAUUUAUAUAUGUUUUAAUCCAUGUAUUCAUAAAAAAGAUAUAUAUUAUCUAACAUGUUACCUUUUUUAUUCUUAGUAGGGGUGGAAAAAUAUAAUAAACCCCUUUUUUUUGAUAUA